AUGACCCUGCGGCGGCGGCGGCGGCGGCGGCUCCGGCCGAAGGAGGAUGCGGCACCGGCGGCGGCCCCGGAGAGCCCCGGGCCCGCCGAGCUCUACCGAGCGCUGGCGGCGGCCGGCGGGACCCUGCCCCGCGUGCGCAAGGACACGGGGCUCAAGUGGGCAUCCCCGAGCCAGUCCCCAGAGGAGCACAGGAGGGUGGUGACUCUGGAGAAGAAGGCAGAGGAGUCUUUCGGCUUCGAGAUCCAGACCUACGGGCUGCACCACCAGGACAGGAACAGCGUGGAGAUGUUCACCUUCGUGUGCCGCGUGCACGACGGGAGCCCGGCCGAGGCCGCGGGGCUCAAGGCUGGGGACACCAUCACGGGGGUGAACGGGCUCAACGUGGAGGGCAUCCGGCACCGGGAGAUCGUGGAGAUCAUCAAGAGCUCGGGGAAUGUGCUGCGGCUGGACACGCUCUACGGGACGUCCAUCCGCAGGGCCGAGCUGGAGGCCCGGCUGCAGUACCUGAAGCAAACCCUCUAUGAGAAGUGGGGGGAGUUCCGCUCGCUGAUGGUGCAGGAGCAGCGGCUGGUGCGGGGUGUGGUGGCCAAGGACCCCAGCAUCUACGACACGCUGGAGUCCAUCCGCUGGUGCCUGCAGGGGGAGGGGCUGCCGGGGGGCUCCUCCCGUGCCAGCGGCAGCGAUGAUUCCCUGUACCAGACCUGCGUCUUCGCCUCUUCCAGCUCCUUGGAUGGGGACAAGGAUGGGGACAAGGACAAGGAUGAGGACAGCGGGGGUCCCGCGCCCCCCCCGCCGCGCCCCCGCCCCGCGCUGGCCCGCAGCGCCAGCCUCAAGUGUGCGGGGGGCCCGGGGGCUGCGGGGCGGCUCUGGGCUCGGGCCGGGGACCCUGGGGAGGGGGCGGCCGCCCCCCGCAAGAGCCGACACAGCAGCUUCCGCCGGCGGCUGCUCAAGUUCAUCCCGGGUCUGAACCGGGCGCUGGAGGAGGAGGAGAGUCACCUUUAGCCGGCAGCCCCCCAGGACUAUUUAUUUAUUUAUUGCAAGGGGCUUCAUUCCCCCGGCCCCCAUCCCUGGGGGCUGCAGGAAGGAGGUUUGGGUUGGCCCCCCCGGGCCGUGGGGAUCGUGACGCUGUGAGGGACGGACACAGCACCGACGGACAGACGUGAGGACCCUCCUGAAGCGGCUCACGGAGCUGUCGCUGCUCCCAGGAGGGGAGCACCGGGGGAGCCCCGCACUCCCCAGGCUGGGGGGCUCUGGGGGUCCCGCCCCUGCUCCCCCCGGGCUGUUGUACCGGGUCAGCGCUCGCCAAUACAGAGACGAUUUGCAGCGA